GUCGAACGUAUAGCGGUGCGAUACUCCUUUAAGCGAGGUGAAUUCAUGCGAUACGUCGUAAUGGCGGAUUUGUCCGUGUAAACACACGUCAAAGUAAGUGUUUUUUUAUUAAUUAUUUCAUAAACCUUCGAUUACAAUUGCAUAUUUUGUAUUGAGGAUGUGAAGAUGGGACCGACACACAUUUCAUCAAAAUAACAGAGACCUAAAUUCAUAAUUAAAAAAGUUAUUGAAGGUAAACUGACGGCAACCAAUUUUGUGUCGGUGAAUAAAAUCGCUUAAUACAAGCUUAUAUUAAUAUAGUUUAUUUCUUUUUCUUGUUUAUUCUAUAAGGGUUAUCAUAAUUUAGUUGCAUAGCAAGUACCUUUGUGCUCCGAUAUACAUAGACGCUUACUGGUCAAAAUAUUUUAGUGUACGCUGGGUUUUGGUGCGAUAAAAUAACUGUACGCUGUUAAAGGUUCGAUAUUUCUUCAUUAUCACAUCUGUUGUACAUGUUUUCCUAUGAUUAUAUUAAGAGAUCUGCAUUAUAUGUGUCCGUUUCCUGAUUUCUGAAAAAAAUAAACUUCUUCUUAUUUACUUGAAAUAAAAGUUUCGUAUAACCAUCUAUACUCGUAUAAGUGUUUGAACUUAAUUUGAAUAACUAAUAAUAAUUAUCCUGUGAUAAUUAGGAGUUGGAAAAAGUAACCUUUACUCUACGAUCUUAUAUAACUAUAUUUCUUGUCAUCUCUCAAUUUUAAAAAAAACGUUCAUAGCUACUGUAUCUUCAUUCCAAAAAUGUGUCGCCCUUUUAUACAACCAGAGUCUUGUUUUUGUACUGUAUCUUGUUUGUGAUUUAUAUUUCCUUUUGAGCAUGGACUUUGUGUUAAGUUUUUUUUUCUGCAGUCUAAUUUAUUACUAAAGAAUCUGUGCAAUUUAAUUUUGAAGUUUACUUUCCACUUCCGUUCAUGAUAUGUCUGACAUUUGAUUUUUUUGCUCUUGAUAUUGAUAAAAAUAUAUUAUUAUAGACGUUGAAAUAUGUUUUUUUUUCAAAACGGCUUAUUUUUAGUUUUUUUGAUAAAUGAUCAGUACAUAUGCUGGGAUUGACAAAUAUGCAUUUAUUUGGAUUUUAAAUGCGUUUUGAGCUCCACAUCCCAAGUGUCUGUGAAUAUUCGCGAAAUUCACUGCCAAUAUGAUUGCCUCAAAAACGCCAACCUCAAGAAAAACUCGAAAUAUUGUUCCGCGAAAGUAUUCUAGGAAUACAAUAUAUUUUUACCAUGUGUAUCUUUUUACAUUUACUCAUUUUUUUUCUUUCCAGUGUUUAAAGAUGCCACGUUAUAAGAAAAAAUCACACUUGAGACUUUAUAAAAAAUGUCAACGCAAAAGAAAACUUCAAACAUCACCAUCACCGUUCAAAGCAAAGAAAAGAAUCUAUAAAUAUAAUUCACCUGCAGCUGCUAAAAGUCUUCAAAUAUUUCUCUCUCCAAAUAAAAAUGAAGUCAGUGUUACAAUUUCUCCUUCUCCGAUGGUCAUUCAAUUUUUACAGAAAUCUCCAACAGUUGCCGUUUCAGAAAAAAAAAGCAAAAGAAAACUUGCUUUUGGAUCAGAUUAUUCAGGAGACAAAGAAAAAAAUGAAUUAGAAAGAACAAUUGAUCUCUUAAAAUGUCUUGUUGAGAAAGGUGCUUUUUCAACUAACAAUAUUGCCUUCAAACUAUUUCAAGAUACAUUAAAAUGGCAUUCGUGCAGCAAUACGUCUGGCAUGAGAUACUCCGAUGAAGUAAAAGAAUUCUUCUGGACUGGGAGAAGAUUAUUAGGGGACCAGUUUUUGCGAUUCAUGCGCGGAUUUGCACACAGGGGAUUUGUUGUUCAAGGUGACAUGUCCAAGGGCAAUUAUGACCCUUUGGAAACUGAUAUCAAUUUUUCUGUACCAUCUGAGCGUACCUUAGACGAUUUUCGCCCGCUUGAUAUAGCAUUCAGUGGAAAUUUGGAACCUGGCAUUAUCCAUGAAAAUAUUGAAUUAUAUUCAAAGGCUAAUCCAGAUGUGUCUUGUAUCGUUAUGUUUGACGGGAAAAAAAUUGUUCCGAAUUCUGCAGAUGUUUAUCUUUUAGAUAAAGAGGAGGAGCCAAAGUUGUCUGAUAUCAAAUCUGAAUUUGAACACAGAUGCGUGUUGAUAGAUGAAUUGAUUAAAUUGUUUGAAGACAUCUAUGAAAGAGGAUUCUGUAACGCAAAUGAGAUAACACCAAUCGAAAGGGAGCAAAUAGUUAAAAUGAGUAAAAAGGUUCUUGGAUGCAUUGGUAAUGCUAUCAAAUCGCUCAGAAAAACAUAUGCAAAAAAGAAAGUGUAUGUUAACACACUUGAGAAAAAAUUAAAAGAUUCAAAUGAUGGUAAAUUCAAAUAUGCUUUGAAUAAAAUCAGGACUCUACAGUAUCAAAUUAGUAUCUGUGUGAAAGAUAUGCUUCAAGUUGUUAAUGAUAUUCUCCGGUUUUGUGCCAUUUUGAAUAAGAAGGAACAUUUGUUUAAAGUAAAUACUUGUAAUCUGCAUUUUCAACAAAACUACAGGGAGCUUAAGACACCUGAAGAAAUUAAAAGAACAUGCGGAAUUGAACCCAACAGAGUAGAACAUACAGAAAUACUGAAACAGAGAACUGAAGAAUGGUUUGAAUUACGCAAAUCUGUAAAAGUAACAGGAAGCGUUUUACACAGAGCAAUCGGUAUGGAUACUCUUGUAGCACAGAAAGAACACUAUGAUAUUGUCGUUGGUGGAAAAAUAGCUCCUGAAGUCAGCAACACUCAACGAGAUGCAAUGUCACACGGAUCUGAAAAUGAAAUUAACGCUGUGGCAACUUUUGUGUGCAAAGUGAUGCCUACAUAUUUCCCAAAUUAUACAUUCUAUGAAGAAGGUGCAUACAAAAUUGUGAAUGAAAACGGCAAAAGUUUGGUUGUUGUUUCCCCUGAUGGCAGUUUACGUGACACUAGUAGACAAUCAGUUUUGUCUGUGGAAAUUAAAUGCCCCUAUUCAUCUUAUAUUGGGUCAACACCAGUAUAUUACGAGAUGAAACAAGGGCAUGUACUUCAAAACCUAACAGAAGCCCACGUUUUAAAAUCGGAUGAGCAUAUAUACAUAAGUUGGAGUAAAGAAUCUACAACUGUGUUCCGAAUGUCAAAGAAUGAGGAAUUGUUGGAAAGGGCCUUGGAGCAGGUAAAUGAAAUUUAUUACCAAGACAUACCAAGAAGACCGAUAAAGGUUUCACAAGCUGUAAAGGCACUCAAAAUCAAUAUACAAAAGGUGGCAUCAAAUGCCGAGUUUAUUUGUGAAGUACCAUCAAUAGUUGCAAAAGUGAGCCAUGAUGAAUAUGACGAUGCAGUAUCUCCGUAUUAUGAACCAAGCAGGGAGAGAAAUACAGCUGAGACUGAAAUUUUUCUACUUACAGAUAUGAUACAAUGCCUACAUAAAGGCAAGCAAUUAGUUAUGAAUGCUUUCGGUUUCCAGAAGCCAGUCUCAUCUGAAGUUCUAAUCCAUUUAGUAAGUGACAUGAACAGAACUUGGAAGAAGGAGGUAGGACAUGGUUUGCCUAUAUCUUACUUAUUCAAAGGAUACAGUUUAACCAUGGGGACUUCAAGACGUAUUCUAGAUGAAGUGUUGGAUUCAUGUCAAGCUUCAGGACUUCAUGUACCAUGUGUAGCAUUUGAUGGUCAGUUCGCACAUCUGAAAGACACUGAUGCCGACAACAACACGAGCACAUUGUUUGCUUUUCAAAGGCAAUUUUGGUUGAAGGUAAAAAGGCUUUCAAAACGUGAACUAAUCUUAGCUAUAUGCAAUUCAUAUGCCGAAUGUAGUGUAACCAGACAACAACUGCCAGAAACCGAUGAGACUGGUGAAAGACAAGAUUGUUAUGGUAGAUAUGAAGUAGUAAAUAAAAAGCGAGGCAUUAAACCAAUUAUUAGUGAAGUGGAUAUUAUCUUUAAGAAAGCUAAUGCACAGUCUGAAUGUGCUGAUAAUACUGAAAUAACUGACUGUAAUGAACUUGAUGAAAGUGUUGUUCAGAUAUUACAACAAAUUGUUGACCAACCUGAUGAUCAUUUAUCUUCACAGUCGUAUUCAAAUCCUGGUAAUAGAGAUUCAGAUAAUAUUAAUAAUGAAGAAAAUGGAGCAAUUGAAACUUCAGUAAAUAAAGAAUUGCAGACAUUAAUUUUACAGGCCGAUGAUUAUGAAGUCAUUUAUAAGCUGCUUUGUUCCUCAAAAAGGUUAUCCAAAUGGAGAAAUAUAAUAAAAGAAGACCUUAUAAAAAUCUUUGAGUCAGCAUCAUUGAUGAAAAGUGAACUCACUGGACAAGAACUACACGAAAUUGUAAAAUACAUAAACAUAAAACUGUCAGGAAAGAAUGCGGCAAUUAAACAAAGUCUAAGGAAAUCUGUAAAAAUCAAUUGCCUCUGUGCAGUGCUGGGAAAUAAUUCUACCAUUGAAACAAAAGAGAAACCAAGACGUUCAAGGAAGAUAGUAACCUUGAAAUCUCUCUGUAUAGCCGAGAUACAGAAAAGAACAUAUCCCAAGGACGCUGUAGCAGUUUCCCAUGCCAAAAGUGUUUGGCAAGCUGAAGAACAGUCCUGGUACGAAAGUUCAAAAACUCAUGUUUCAACAGAAAUAUCUGUUAACUCUGCUUUUGAAAAUAACACUGAACAAAUUUUAAGUUUUAAACCAGUUUAUUCACCCGUAUAUAAUGAGAAGCGUCAACAGCAAGAAGUUUGCUUAAUGGAUGGAACCCAUAUACGUACAAACAUCAAAUCAAAAUUGAUUCGUUCAAAUCUUGGCAAAGUAAGUUUAAGUGCAUGGAAAAGAGUUGCUUUGUCUGGUAAAACUGAUUUGGCACCCGCCAUGCUUGAAGUGCUACACGACGGUAAAAUAAUGCACCAGCAAAGUGACCCUUAUGUCAGAACGAUGUUCAGUAAAGAGGUGGAAGUGGAACUUGUAUCAAACGGAAAUGUUGAAGAGGCCAGAUUCUGUAAACUAUUUCGAGAGUGGCAUGAGGCUGAAGAUAUGGCAGGAAUUUCUGCUAAAGAGAGAUGUAUGCGCAGCAUGAGAUUUAGAAAUUGGUUAUUGGAAGGCUACAGGUUUGAUCAGUUUCCUCCUGUUUCGCAGUAUGUGAAAGGAAUUCCACGAGUCACAUUUGAGGGGUUAGUGUGCAGUAUAGAUGUACAUUUGCUACUUUAUGGCCUUACUAUUACUGGAACUUACAACUGGAGAUCAGUUUCCACAUUAGUAGCUGAAAACUUUAUGGGGGAGCUUGCGGAACGCUCACAAAACAACCAUGGUGUACCAUCAGGGAGUUCAUUGCAAGUGGAUAUGGCAAAAAUAUCAGAGCUUCAUGCCAUGAGGCUAAAGCCAACAAGAUCAUUUCAAAUGAAAACUGCAAAGUCAAGGGCAUACACGAUUCCCAGUGAUCUAAAUGGAGGUUUCUCUUCUGACCAAGACAGUUCAAAAAAUACCAAUGAUACCACAGACAUCGAGAAUUCAACGGGCAUUAAAUUAAGUCCUGUUCCUGAACAGAAAAUUUCUUCAUUAACUAUAAGAGACCAUGAAUUUGAUAUCAGAGUGUCUGGGAAAACAAAAAAAGGCGUACUGCGAAAGUUUGGAGAAAGACCAAGAGGGGUGCAAUCGGUUCGAACUCAUUACAAAAUUGAUGAAAGUCAAAUAUUACCUUCUUUAAGUUUAGGACUAACUGAGGAUAUGCUCCUAUAACCCAAAAAGAAAGUUUUGAUUCUUUUAACAGCUUUAUUGAAAGUUAAAUGAACAUAUCACACAAUAGUGAAAUUUAAAACAAUGUAUCUUUGUUAUGACUAGAGUUUGAUAGUUUGCAGUUCUUACACAUUAAAAUUUCCUAAAAAAUAAUGAUAAUCAUAAUUAUUUUUCAAGUACUAUGGAUUAUAAGUUAAAGCAGCAUGACUCAAGAUUCAUGGUAAUUUUUAUGAAAAAUAUUGAAAAUGUACUUAGUAUUAAAAUAGGUAGAAGUAAACAAGGAAAGAUAUUUACAUAUUGUACAAGCCAAUGUAACAAUCUACCUAAAUUACUAAAUAGUUCAAAGUUUGCAAAUAAAAUCCUUAUCGGAUUAGUGAAGUAGAAAUAUUGUGAUGAAUACUGCAAAAUCAGUCAUUAACUGAGCAUACCAUGUGAAUUAUUACUUGACAUUCAAAUCUUUUUACAUUUCAUAAAAUAUAUGUAAAUUUUGCUAGAGUCUGAUUUUCUAGAAAUAUUUUGGCCAGUCUGCAGGCAUGCUGCUUUAAUUUAAAUGGCUGUUUUCAAGCAUUUAACAUAAAGUAUCACUAGUGAAAUAGUUAAAUCAGUGUUUUAAUUUUGAAAAAGAGAUUUUUACAAAAAAACAUUUUGUAUAUAUUUACUGCUGUUGCAAAGAUUAUUCCUACUGAAGUAUUAUUUUGCAAAUCUUGAUUUAGCCUUUUAAAAACAUUAUAAACAAUUGAAUGCCUUUUAUCUUAACUAUACUGGAAAAAACUGCAAACCAUCAUGGCAUUUGGAAAUAUUUGUAAACAUAAUAUCAUAUAAAAAUGAGAUCAUAGUGCUGCCUGCACAAAAAGAGUAAAUAAAUAAAAAAUAGUAAUAAAAAGUAUUACUCUCCAAUAAAAGGAAUGUUUAACUCAAAAUAUAUUAUAUCACUUUAAAGGAUAUACAAUAUUUACACAGUGAAGAGGGAAUUGUGUCUGUCAGAAAGACAUAUAUAUUAUAUCACUAUUUAACAUUUUACAUUUCUACUUCUUUGGCAACAAUAAAGAAUUGUACUGUUUAAUAUUAAUUGAGGUAUUUGGUAUGCCUAAUUUGAGCCUUAAAUUCUAAGGGUAGCUAUGUAUAAAACUUUUGAAAAUAUUCAGCAAUAUUUACAGAUCAAAUAAGUGAAAUAUUUUCAUGUAGAUGGACUGAAAAGAGGAAUAAAAAGGUUUGGCACCUUUUAAAAAAGUGUUUCUUGUUGUUUUACUUUGUUUAUUUUUAACUUCCAUUAAAUUGAAUGUCUAUGGGGAUAUCCAUUUGCAAAGAUACUUCUUCAAUAGAAAAAAAUUAACAGGUAUUAAAAUAAACAACAUUGAAAUAUAAAAAAUACACAAUUAAAUAUAAACAAUAUAACAUAACCAUGAACAUCAAAUUUGCAUAUCAACAUAUGCCUAUUCUUAUUCACCAACUAACACAUAUUAAACUGGAAAAUGUGUGCCAGACUAUGCAUGAUGUUUUACUCUCCCUUGAAAGAAAAAACUUGACCUAACUGGCAAGAUGUUACUCAUGAAAUUAUAAACAAAGCUUAUAAUAAAUGAAAAAUAAGGAAAACCAUUUAACUAAAAAUAGUAUUUCUCUACUCCAAUUUAGCAUAAAAACAUUAAAGCCUAAUAGAAAUAAAUGAGCCGUGUCACGACAAAACCAACAUAAUGGGUUUGCGACCAGCAUGGAUCCAGACCAGCCUGCGCAUCCGCGCAGUCUGAUCAGGAUCCAUGC